CUCGUAGGGUGUACGCCGCAUUGAACCUUUAAUUGAAUCCCUAAACCUUUUCGUAAUGAAAGUCUCUAAUACGUAACUUACAUUAGAUUUGUGCAUUUAGAAACUACUAUCAGAGUGAAUCAUAUGGCCCGAAACCUGUUAGAAGUUUUCACAGAUUGAGGAUGGUGGAUAAGCUGCACGAGUACCAGGGAUGUCUGGGAAGGUUGCACACCCUCAGGGACCAAUGCAAAGUCCGGUGGCAAGAACACAAGGACAGCGGGGAAAGUAUCGGGGACAGGAUACGAGGGUAUCUGCGCGGAGACGCCACAAGAGCACAACAACAACAUGCAGACUACUCGCACAUAUACAGGCGCAAGACAAGGGGUGAACUUGUACGUGUGUCUGCGGCAGUUAUGGGAAUUGAAUUCUCAUAUGCAGCGGAAACAGCAUUUGUGUCGCCCACCCUCCUGAAAAUCGGUGUGGAUCACCAACGGAUGACCAUGGUCUGGGCACUCUCCCCACUUGUUGGCUUCUUCCUCAACCCUAUCCUCGGAGCAAUGAGUGACCGCUGCCGCCUUCCUUGUGGUCGACGGAGACCCUUUAUCGUACUGUUGGCUCUAGGAGUUCUCAUAGGCCUCAUCCUGGUGCCAAAUGGAGAGCGUAUGGGUCAUGCCCUUGGAGAUUUCUACCCUUCUAUAGAUCUUCCUCGCAACCAGACAACUAACUUCGACGGGAAGCACUUUGUAUCCAACGUUUCUGAUGCCGACUACCCUCAUCCCUGGGGCAUCUUCUUCACCGUCCUAGGAACUGUGCUCCUGGACUUUGAUGCUGACGCUUGUCAAAGUCCCGCAAGAUCUUAUCUUUUGGACGUCUGUGUUGCAGAGGACCAUGCUAGAGGAUUGAGCACGUUCACAAUCAUGGCAGGCUUGGGAGGAUUCAUGGGAUACGGAUUAGGUGGCAUUAAUUGGGAUGAUACAUUCAUAGGAGAAAUGCUUGGGGGGCAUGUGAGAGCAGUUUUUACUUUAAUUACGUACAUUUUCAUUGUGUGCGUUGCUUACACAGUGACGUCUUUCAAGGAGAUCCCUCUCGACCUAGUGGAAAAUGAAGACUUUCUGACAGCAACAAAGCAGAGUGUAAAUGCUUUGGACGUAGAAUCUCAACCACUCCAAGGCAAAAAGUCAAAAUAUGGGUCGACUCAAGACCCUUCAGAUCCGAAUCAAGAGGAAACUCAGUUUAAUGGGAUUCAACAGCAAGAGGAAGAAGACGUUUCUAAUGGGCAUGUCAGCAGCAUUGAAGGGAUAAAACCGCUUGAGCCACUAGGAGUAGAAGAGGUUGCGACUCCUUCAUUCCGACAGUACCUAAUGUCAAUAAUCGUGAUGCCAUGGUCCAUGAGAAUCCUAUGCCUAACCAACUUGUUCUGCUGGAUGGCCCAUGUCUGCUACUCUCUUUAUUUCACUGACUUUGUAGGAGAAGCUGUCUUCAAUGGAGAUCCCAAGGCACCAGAGGGCACAGAGCUGAGGGAAUUAUAUGAGGAAGGUGUCCGAUUUGGAUGUUGGGGAAUGUCUAUGUAUUCUUUGUCCUGUGCAUGCUAUUCUUCCAUAAUUGAAAAGCUAAUCAGACAAUACAAAGCUAAAAAAGUGUAUGUCGGUGGGCUCCUGUUCUAUUCUCUUGGCAUGUUCUUGAUGGCAGCAUUGAAACACAAGAUAGGAGUUAUUGUGUUUUCCUGGACGGCUGGAGUAAUGUACUCGACUCUCUUUACCAUGCCCUAUCUUUUGAUAGCAAACUACCACGAACAAAACACUUUUGAGGUAAACUCUAGUGGGGACGGAGUGGUGGCUAGCCAAGUUCGAGGGCUUGGUACCGAUGUCGCUAUUGUCAGUUCCAUGGUCUUCCUCGCCCAGUUCUCUUUGUCCAUCUGCAUGGGUAGUGUGGUCAGUUGGGCAGGAACUACAACAGCUGUUGCUGCUGUCGCUGCUUUUCUGGCAUUCUGUGGUGCAAUAUCUGCUACUCAAGUUGUGUAUCUGGAUCUCUAAUAAGUUAAAUAUAAUUUGUG